CGCCGUCUCACUCCUGACUCGGAACAGCGUGCCAGAGUCCAUGAAGCUAUUUAUGUCGCUUUGCACACUGCCGGUCUUCCGAUGGGCCCCCAGCCAAUCUUCGAUUACAUGACCUGGUUCGUAACCGAUGACCUGACCAUCGAUCCUCCGCACAGAAAUGCGCCCUGUAACAGCGCAGUCUACCGCUGGCACUCUGCUGAAGUUAUCUCGCCGGCAUUAUACUUCCGCCCCGAGUCACUAACCCAAAUCCGCGCCGCCUGCGCAACUAUCUCCACCGAGUUCCGUGUGGCAGCCACAAGAACUACAGGAUUACAUGUCCACGUCGGAGAUGGCGCGGACAGCUGCAGACACUAUUUCCUCCUCACCGCCACAGCCAAACUUGGUGUAUGCCCCUGCGCGUCGACUCGAUGUACGCAUGGCUUCAUCCUAAAUGGACCAUUAGCACCCUUCUUGAGGACCUAUUCAGCUCUAAAUUUGGUACCGUUGAAGCUCUCGUGCGCGAAUUUCAAGUCUGCGGUGGAGAUCGGUGUGCUGUUGAAUUUUCUAACCUAGAUGACCCUAUGGUCGCCAUCAAGCAGACGAUCGAGUUCAGGGCUCAUCCUGGGACGCUGGAUGGGGAUGAUGUGGUUAUGUGGGUGAAAACUGUGGUAGGGCUUGUGCAGUGGGCUCGAGAAGCUCAUUCGAACCAGCUUAUGUCCCUUAUGGCGUACGUCGAGGCGGGAAAUGAUGAGUUUAGUAUUACAAGCUUACUGGAGAUGUUGGGUUUACCUGAGCAGGCGGAGUUUUACAAGGGAAAAUUGCAUCCGCUUAAAGUGGCGGAAGAGAAUGCUGGCAGAGAAUAUGAGAUCCAAGAUCUCGCAAGGCCAAGAACGGACAUCUUGGAAGCGUUUGGAAUUGGUGCUGAUGGGGUAGCGACGAGGGAUAAUUGGGGGAAGGAUCUAAUUUUUGACCCAUAUUACUGAAUCCUGGCGCUUCAAGAGAGUAUGGACAGAGGUAGGUUAGCAAGUGAGUCAGCAUCAG